AUGCUCUCAGGAACAGCGGUACUUGAGCAAAACCAUGAACAGCCAACCGGAACCCGUAGCCCCGGUAGUUGCCAUAAUGCCAAGCGAAGCGCUGGAAGGCAAACUUAUGCUGUGGCCCCACGCCUCACUCUCAAGGGCCAAAACGGGCCAGGACGGCACAGUUCUUGUAUAGGAGGCGGACAGCUCAAUUUGCCCUCAAAGGGGAAUGACGGUCCUAUUUAUUCUAGACGUGAUUUCGCGCGAGAUCUCCGCGCUUUGCUGCUCACGACCUUGCUUAACGUUGUUUUCAGCUCCCUGCGCUGCUACAUUGAUCCACCACGAGCAAUCAUUCAAAAAGCCCUAUCAUGCCUCCUCGACGGAAAAGAGGUCGGCCGGCCGGGUCGAGAACAGGACGCGGCGACGUUCAAGGAACCAGCUGGCGAUCCAGUGCCGAUACGGGCAAGGCGGCGUUUACGACCAGGCACCGGUGCCCUUCAAGAGAUUAGGGCAUAUCAAGACACGACAGAUCUCUUACUUAACACACUUCCAUUCGCGAGACUUAUCAAGGAGAUCGGCGUUAACAUGCGACCGGCAGGCGAAAAUUUCCGCUGGCAAACGCAGGCCAUACAAGCACUGCAAGAGAUGGCUGAAGCCUACUUAGUUAGUCUUUUCGAAGAUGCCAAUCUUUAUGCUAUCCAUGCCAAGCGGGUUACUUUAAUGCUUAGAGAUUUCCAACUUGCGCGAAGAAUUCGCGGCAAAUACAGCAGCCCUCUCUAG